UUGUUGCUUUGCUUUGCUACACCUACAAACGAAACGAUCGAACGAAUAUGUUGUAUUGUACGGGGAACGGAACGGUGAUAAAGAAAAUGGCAAAAUGGUGCUGUGGAUUUUGAGAAGAAGCAGUCGAUAAUAAUGGCCGCAGAAGGUGGCGAGUUCGUGGAAGGCUGGUUGGUGGCGCAGGUGCUAGGCGAAGGUGCUUAUGGAGAGGUGCGACUACUGGUGCACGCGCGGAGCGGAGCAGCCGUAGCGCUGAAGGUGCUCCGCGGCGGGGCGGACGCGACGCGCGAGGCCGCUCUGCACCGCGCCUUGCGGCAUCCGCACGUUCUGCGCUGCCUCGGCGAGCGGACGCAUAACGACCAACUAUACAUGUUUCUUGAGUACGCGCAAGGCGGAGAGCUGUUCGACAAAAUUGAGCCUGAUGUGGGUAUGAGCGUUGCCUUGGCCCGCAGGUAUUGGGGCCAACUAUUGGAAGGCCUUCAGUAUUUGCACGGGCGGGGCGUGGCGCACCGCGACAUCAAACCAGAAAACCUCCUGCUCGAUCACAAUGACAAUCUGAAAAUAUCAGACUUUGGAAUGGCUACAUUGUUCAGGCACGGGUCGCGCGAGCGGCUGCUGUCGCGGCUGUGCGGCACCGUGCCGUACGCGGCGCCCGAGGUGCUGGCGGCCGACCGCGAGCCCUACCGCGCGCCGCCCGCCGACCUCUGGGCCGCCGCCGUCGUGCUGCUCGCCAUGCUGGCCGGCGAGUUGCCGUGGCAGCGAGCAGAUUCAACAGACCCACGGUUCGCGUCGUGGGCGGCGGGUGACGCCACAGCCGGCGUGUGGAGCAAGCUGAGAGGCAACGCUCGAGCGCUGAUGCAGCGCGCGUUAGAUCCGCUUCCUGAGCGACGACUGACGCUGCAAGCGCUUUUGUCGCACCGCUGGAUGCAGCACGAUGAGCCUGACAGCGCUCCGAUAUCGCGGUCGCAGCCGUGCCGCUCGUUCCCGGCGCAGCUGUCGCCGUCCGCCGCCGACAUGCAGGCGCUGCUGUCGCACUCGCAGCCGGCCGCGCCCGACGACCUGCUGCUGUCGCAGGACGUGGCUCUCUCUGCCACACAACCGAGCGUGAUGCAGCGUCUGAUGCGGCGCAUGACGCGCGUGUGGAUGCGGUGCGAUGAGGCGCGCGCGCUGCGGGCGCUGGGCGCCGCGCUGCGCGACCGCGGCUACGUGUGGACGCACCUCAACCCGCGCACUUUGGCCAUCGAAUGCGACGCGGAGCUCCGCAUGCACGCUUGGGUAGUCCCGGGAGGAGGCGCGGAUGGCGGGUCACUGUUGGAGUUUCGGCGCUCGCGCGGCUGCGGCCUUGAGUUCAAGCGCCGCUAUCUCGCGCUCAAAGAAGCCCUACAGCCGCUUGCCGCGCCGCCCCCACAACAAAUGGACAUGGACUGACGAGGACCCUGAAUCUUUGAUCUGGGACCACUGAAAUCUAAUUUAAGACUAUUUUGCAUGUUAAGUAAUCAAUUGUGAUAUUAAGAAGGUUUUUUAAUAAAUUUGUUACAUACCUAA